UCACAUCGGUGCUAGAAUUACAAAACAUUCCCUGUAUUUAAAAUAAUAUUUCGUUAGAUAAUUUAGCGUUUUUGAAAUCUUAGAUGUAGAAUUGAGAGCAAAAACACAUUUUUAGCGGAAAGGGCAAAAAAAAAAAAAAACCUCUUGAUGAUCGGGGUUUUUGCUGCUGUUGACUGCAGGACUCCACAGCCGAGUCAUAUUACGGGCCCGCCCCCAAAACAGAUUGAGCCAAUCAUCUCCUCGCCGUCAAACAUAAAUCCAGGCUUCGCCCCUUCUGUCCCUAUAGACUCCUCAGCCAUCCACAGAGCGCGGCAGCUCAUACUGUCACCAUCCUCUCUGAAGUCACACUUUUUAAGCGUCAAGCAUCAGAACGCGACCACGUCUCUGCAAAGUUGUGAAAAGUUUACAAAGGAGCGCCGAAAACUUUUAUUUCUAUUUUACCCUCUUUCUUCGCUCUAAAAGGAUUCAAGCUCGCCACUCAAGCUGCGCGCUCUCUCAAGCAGGCUGUCAGUGCAGCUCCUUGGCAUCGCACUUGGAUUUGGAGAAGAGGACUUUCUCCCCUGCGCACUUUUUUUUAAUCAGUAAAAAGCGGUUCUUUACUUUUUUCGCAUGAAUCUCCUCGACCCGUACCUGAAGAUGACAGAUGAACAGGAGAAGUGUCACUCUGACGCUCCGAGCCCCUGCAUGUCUGACGACUCUGCCGGCUCGCCCUGUCCAUCAGGCUCCGGUUCGGACACCGAGAACACCCGUCCCACCGACAACCACCUCCUCGGGGGUCCUGACUACAAGAAAGAGGGCGAAGAGGAGAAGUUUCCUGUCUGCAUCAGAGAUGCAGUGUCCCAGGUGCUGAAGGGAUACGACUGGACUCUGGUGCCGAUGCCAGUGCGCGUCAACGGCUCGAGUAAAAACAAACCUCAUGUGAAAAGACCCAUGAACGCCUUCAUGGUUUGGGCACAAGCCGCACGCAGGAAACUGGCCGAUCAAUACCCGCAUCUGCACAACGCAGAGCUCAGCAAAACUCUGGGCAAACUUUGGAGAUUGCUCAACGAGGUUGAGAAGCGUCCGUUUGUAGAGGAGGCAGAGCGCCUGAGGGUGCAGCACAAAAAAGAUCACCCAGAUUACAAAUAUCAGCCAAGGCGGAGAAAAUCUGUCAAGAACGGACAAAAUGAAGCAGACGACGGCGAGCAGACGCACAUUUCUCCGAAUGCGAUCUUCAAGGCCCUGCAGCAGGCCGAUUCCCCUGCGUCCAGUAUGGGCGAGGUGCACUCUCCAGAACAUUCAGGUCAAUCCCAAGGUCCACCCACACCCCCGACCACCCCUAAAACAGACAUGCCCUCCAAUAAAGCCGAGCUGAAGCGUGAAGGGCGACCCAUGCAGGAGGGCGCCAGUCGUCAGCUCAACAUCGACUUUGGAGCGGUGGACAUCGGCGAGUUGAGCAGCGACGUCAUCUCCAACAUGGGGAGCUUUGACGUUGAUGAGUUUGAUCAGUACCUGCCACCUCACAGCCAUGCUGGAUUGCCCAGUGGAGCCCAGGCGGGCUACACCGGCAGCUAUGGCAUGGGCAGCUCCUCUCUAGGCCAGGCAGCUAAUGUUGGGGCCCAUGCUUGGAUGUCCAAGCAGCAGCAGCAGCAGCAGCAGCAGCAACAGCAGCAGCAGCAGCAGCAGCACUCUCUGACCACACUGGGCGGAGGAGGUGAGCAAGGUCAGCAAGGUCAACAAAGAACCACACAGAUCAAGACAGAGCAGCUGAGUCCCAGUCACUACAGUGAGCAGCAGGGCUCUCCUCAGCACAUCACCUACGGCUCCUUCAACCUGCAGCACUACAGCACCUCCUCCUACCCCUCCAUCACCAGAGCACAGUAUGACUAUUCAGACCACCAAAGUGGUGCCAACUCCUACUACAGCCAUGCAGCCGGUCAGGGCUCCGGUCUCUACUCCACCUUCAGCUACAUGAGCUCCAGCCAGAGGCCCAUGUACACCCCGAUCGCUGACACCACCGGCGUGCCCUCCGUGCCCCAGACCCACAGCCCUCAGCACUGGGAUCAGCAGCCCAUUUACACACAACUGUCCAGACCGUGAGGAGGCAGCCUCAGCACUGACUCAACAACACUCACCACUUGACUCUAACUGCCCGGUGGCCGUUUCCCGCCACUGCAUCCCACACACACACCAAAACAUACGCACACGUAAACAUCGUUGCCAUUAGAAAAAAAACCUGACGAAGACUUUUUUAUAGUACUGAAAAUAUAUCUUUGGAUUGGCUCACGACAGUGCCUUUUGUAUCGGUUGGAAUUGUGAUUAUAUUUUUUUAGAUUUAAUGUUUAAAAAAAAAGUCAACUCCUCUGUGAGGACAUACUGGUUAUGAAUAUUUUAGUAUGUACUGUGUAUGUGUUCUGCUCUUGCCAUUCUCAUUGUAAUCAGUGUCAUCGACGUCGUGAUUCGCAGGUUUAACAGAUCUUUACGGAGCAGCAAUGUGGAUCAGAGAAGAGACAAACCCUCAGUGGCCUUACUUCUGACAAGUGUAUUUUUGAACAGAGAAUAUAAAACCUAGGGUUUCCUGACACUGCCACCCUGUCAUAGCUUACGCUGUGUUUCGGAAUGUUUUUGUACUGUACAUAUUUUAUUGUAUUUUUCCAUGAGAUGCAAGGUUUGAGCGAUGCACAUUGAUAACAGAUUUUAAUAUUUGACCAUGAUAUGACUGUGUCAUCAGAGAAUUAGUCAAACAUUCCUCUUCUCUCUUAGUCAUUUUUUUUUUUUGCUUUAGCUCAGUUGCUUAAAUCCUAUAGCAGGUGCCCUAAAGCUGGAGGCCUUAACUUUGUUCUUAGAUGUAACUGAACAUAACUCGCUUUUCUCCGGGUUCAGCCUUGAAACCAUCGGUGCCUCUACAGCCGCAGCAGCGAGGCUCCGUCCGCUGGCACUGCAACGCCAAAACCACAGGACAGGUCUGCUGAAGGGAUGCAGGAAGUGGCCAUAUUUACCUGCCUCUCCUCAGCAGCCAGCAGGUCUGAGCUGUGGUUGUCUUCAGUCAUUCUCUUUUUCCUAACACUCUUUUAUUCCCCCUAAUUUAUUUUUUAGCAUUAAUUUUAUUUGAAAAUAACUAUUUGCAAUUAUCUUUCUUUUUUUUAAUUCCUCAGCAGCUAACUGAGCGUUCAGUGAAAAAGUAUGCUGACAUGUGGUAGAAAUUUGUUUAUUUAUCAUUUGUAAAUGUUUUGGUAUAAAAGUUCCCUCUAGUUGUGUACAGAUGACUCUGAAGAAAAACUGGAAGCUUCCGUCUAACCAGUAUAUAGAUGUCAAUGGAGGCCACAUCAGUUUGUGAAGAAAUUGCUGGAAUCAACAAGAUACUUUUUUUGUUCCACAUUUUAUAAUCUCUAUCAUUAGUUCUCAUUUUGUCAUCUUAAUGCAGUUUCCGUAGAUAAACAUGCCCUUGUUUUAAAAGCCUACCUUUUUUUUGUAUUAUAUUGUUUGCAAUAAAAACGAAACACUGAGAAAUAU